AUGUUGACGGCAAUAAAUGGAAAUGGUCUAGGAAGUCAAAGCGUUGUGAGUCCCUUGAAAGUUUCUGCAAUACAACUACCUCAAAAACAACAAUCCUUGCAACAGCAUCCACUUCGAACGCAACAAAAACAAAAUCUGCAACAAUUUCAGAAAUUGCAGCAGCCUCAGCAAUAUCAUCAAACUCAGCAGCAGCUUCUUCAGUUGCAGUCUCAAACGCAACCACAGAUUCAACAAAAUCAGCUUCAGCAACCACCGCAGCUGUCCCAAAUAAUUCAGCAACCAAUCGGCCAAAACAUUGCAACUCAACCAUUUCUCUUACCGACGAUUUUGAGUCCCAAAGUGCCUCAAACCAUUUCGACUUCAUUGUUGCCAGUUGCACCAACAGUAAGCGCUUUCCAACAAAGGGUUUCAUCUCCCAACGUUCAGAAUGAGGAUGGCAGAGUAUCGUACAAAUGGUGCGCAACUACUGGUACAAGCCAAUAUGAGCCUUCAGCAGAUAUUGAAGUGAUUGUGCAAACAAAGCCUUCGACUAAAAUUCAGCAACAACAAAUUCAACAAUUUCAACAGCAACAACUAAAUCAACAGCAACAACAACUACAGCAAACUCAACAGCAGCAACAACUUCCGCAGCAUCAACAACAACAGCUUAAAAAACAGCUUCCUCUGCAGCAAAAACUGUCAAUGCCGCAAAAUGCACAACGAACCGUUCAGCAACCUCAUAAUAAAAUGUCGCAAUUAGCAGUGAGACAAUCACAGCCACCUAGUGAGCCACAAGAAAUGAAGCAGCAACAAUCAAAUUUACAAAGACGCGUCAUCAGGGAUACUCAAAAAUCAUUGUAUUCGGAACAACUUAAAAAUAUCUCCAGCGAACUUUUGCGAAUUUCUCAACAUCUAAUGCAACAGUCAGACAUUUUGCAGGAGAAGCUGAAAAUGACGGAUGUGUUUGAAAAAUCUAACGAGGCUAGACGAAAACAUUUGCAAAAUCCAUCAAAUCUUUUAGUUUCCAAAACAACUCAGCAAAACAUAGACCAAUUGCAACAAAGACCUUUGCAGCAACAGCCACAAGGACUGGGGAUACAGUCAUUACCGCUACAGCAGCAAACUCCUCGAGAAAUUAUGUCUCCGCAUUUGUUGCAACAGCCACAAUUUCAACAACAGUUUCAGCAACAAGUGCAGCUACCCAAACAAAAUAAUUUGCAACAAAUGAAACAACAACACCUACAAAGUCAACAACUGCAGCAAAAUGUACAACAGAUGCAACCGCAACAACAGCCGCAAUAUCAACCUCAACUGCAACAACAAAAGUUACAACCUCAACAACUUCAACAGGUGCAACGACAACAAUUGCAGCAGCAACAACAACAAUUGCAAAAACAGCUGUUUCAACAACAGCAGCUGCUACAGCAGCAACAUUUGCUGCAACAGCAACAGCUGAUACAACAGCAACAACAACAAACAAAUCAGCUAUUAAAUUCCACUCUCGGAGUUAACAGCUCUAACAACGAACACGAAAGCUCUUAUGAAGAUGGAGAUAUCAACAUCACCAAAUGUAGCAAUGGUACACACAGCGACGUUCUGAAAAUUGAACAUUACAAUGAAAAUGAUUGCUAUCUGAACAACAUCAGUAACAAUAACUGCGAGAACAUAAACAAUAACAACGAUACCAUGUCCAACAGUUGCAACGAAUCAAGCGACGAGAAAACAAAUUCCUUCAACAACCUGCUCAUACAAGAUCUCGGCAUCAUGCAAACAUUACUAAAACAGCUUCAGCAGCACCAUAAAGCAUACCAGCAGCAAAAGAGAAGAUCAAGACAGUCCAGAUCAACUUCCGAAAAUGAUUUGAAAAAAAUGUGUCAGGGAAUGUCUUUGCCACCAUCUUGCCAACCUCAAGAUCAGCCAGCGUGUCCUAGACUUUCCCAAAUGAUGUUGACCUCAGGACUGCCUCAAACAAGCUCAGCUCAAGUCUUAACCGGAAGAAAAAAUUCGGCUUUGGAAGCAAUGAACCUAAUGCAAAUGAACAAAUGCAUGGCACCCGGAUUUAGCGCCAAAACAUCGUUGCCGCAACUAAGCAACUUUGAUACGACUGGACAGCGGCUUUCGGCAACUGCAUUUGAGUCUAGACAAAGUUGUGAUUUGUGGCGAGAACUGUGCAUGCAGCAGGAACAACAAAAAUGCUUACAACAAAAAAUGCAGAAGCAAGAAAAGCAACUAUUUCCAAACAUCAAACAAGAUUCGAGGGCGCAGUGUCUUCAAACAACUGAUUGUGGUGUCUUGAAACAGCUUCAACAACAGAUUCAACAAAACAUUGACGUUCUCUGCCAACAAUUGCAGCAGCAAGAUGCUCAACAGCAACAAAAUUUGGUGCAACAACAGCAAUUGGACCAAGAAAUUUGCAAAGAACAGGCUCUGUUGGCGGAACUGUUGAAACAAGAAGAGGAAUUGGCUCAGAAUUCUACACAGAAUAAACAAGAACAUCUCAUGAAAGAAGAAAAGUUACAACUACAGGAACAGCAGUGUCAGCAGUUGUUGCAGCAACAGAUUCAAAAACAAAAAACACUUUGUUUACAACUUCAGCAACAGCAACAGGCGAGACAACAACAACUGCAGAUGCACAUGCAAAUGCAGCAAAGACCAUCGCAACAAUUGCCACAAUUUCAACCCCAAAUGCAGAUGCAACAAAAUCGAUGCUCAGUACAACCAUUUCAGUGCCCCCCUCAACCACAGUAUCAGUGCCCACAAAUGUCGCCAUACCAGCAGACUACACAAGGGCAAAUGAUGCCUCAGACAUCGUUGCAAGCUAUGCCACAGGCACAAAUGUCAACGAGACGAUCUAACUGUCACAUCUCGCAGCAGUUCUCACAGCAAUUGAUGCCACAGAAAAGAGGAUCGACCAAUUGUUUACCAAAUGUGAUUGCGCAGCAACAACGAGGAUCGCUACAACAAUCACAAAAAUUAUUGCAACAGAAACAAAUGGCGCAACAGAUGUGCCAGCAGAUGUGCCAGCAGGUAUGCCCGCGUCCUCAACCGGACAACCAGGUAUCGUGUCAGAAGCAGCAACAGCAGCAGACGUGUGCUCUCGUGCAACCGCAGCAAGGCAACAAAUGCAUGCCUAACAUCCAGAAGGAGUUGUUCCAAAUUGAAAAGUGUAUGCAACAACUGCAACAGACUUCGUGCCUGAAAGAUUAUUUAUAA